CUUUGUUUUCAUCCACCCAAGGUCGUUGGUUCAGGUAAUUACGAAGUUGGGCGUGUAGAUAUGGUAAAGGCCACGGAGACUGAUGGUGCCAAGCACAAGCAAAGACUCAAACGUCCAGGUCGACUUUAUGUAAAGGCAACAUUUACAGGGUACCGUAGAGGAUUAAGAAAUCAACACGAGAAUACGGCUUUAUUGCGUAUUGAUGGAGUGGUAGAGAGGAAAUCUACAGAAUUCUACUUAGGAAAACGCUGUGUUUACGUUUAUCGAGCUCAAAAAAAGAAGGUCUUUCCAAGAAGACAAAAGCCAACAAAGAUAAGAGUUAUUUGGGGAAAGAUUAUGCGUCCUCACGGUAAUAGUGGUGUUGUUCGAGCUCGAUUCAAACAUAAUUUACCGGCAUCCGCUAUGGGCAAACGUAUUCGAGUCAUGUUGUACCCUUCACGAGUAUAAUGAAGUAAACGUGGUUGGUCUCUGAUAAUUUUGUUCUGAUGACUUCAAGUCUGAUUAGUGCAUGGUGAAAUUCAAUAAGUGAACAAGGAUGUUUUUAUCAUGUUUUGUAGGCAAUGUACGAUUAGGGUGUUCUGUGAUUUUGGCGACAAAGUUUUUUCAGUUGACACCAAUACCUCUACGUUAGUCGUUAAAUAAGGCUUCAAAUAUAUGUCGGUGUUGAAAGGUUUAAAUAGAUGAUAUGGUAGGAAAGUCCCUAAAUAGUGAUUGCUUUUGGGUUAGUAAGGUUUAGCUUAGUGUAUUCGGUAAUUUCCUGUCAUAAACAAAAAAUAAGUUCAUUUGUAAGUAUUUCACCGUGGACCUUGACAACUGCGACUAUGCCACCUGUAUGUCUACGGGAAUAUUUUCGGUUCACCUAUUCCCUCAUCAUUUGUCAGCUUUAAGAUUACAGGAGUAGGCUUCAGCUGGUUACCCUAAAGAAAUAUCGGGGUUGUCGGACGGACACUACAUGCAAAUUUAGCAGUUUUAUCAUGUACGUAACUAAAAGCUCUUCAUACUGAUUAGAGGGUUCAGGAACUUUUUCUGGUCAUUACACAACAGGCGCGGCAUUUUGUAAGGCUUGACCGGCAGCGACUUAGAUCAGUGUGUAGCUCGAUCUACCCAAUUUAUAGACAAAUUUCAGACCAUUCAGAUGGCUUUUAUAACAUUCCGAAGCUUUGAACGAUCGUCUUCGUUAUGUAUCCUUCCAUAUUUUGUUAUGGUCAACAUAUAACAAAGCUGGUAGUGGUAAGAGACUUGCAUUCUAGAAGAAUAACACUAGGGACUCGACUGAGAAUAGUUAUCUAGUGAGACAGCUUGGAGUAAACCCGUACUCUUCGUUGGUGUCCCACUGAAAGUAAUUUAUUUACAAAUCUAUAUCCCACUUCUCCCGAAAUCACUUAAUGUGGGUGGUAACCUGUCUAGUGGGGUUACUAACAUUCCAUGCAAAGUCGGUAAAAGCGCCACCUGUUCAUGCCUUUCGACCUUUCAAAGUACAUCAACGCUCUUUUGGUACUUGUAAGUUAGGGAUACAGGAUAGCCUAUUGCGAGACCGUACUGCUUUCCAGAGACAGCCAUAUAUUCCAUCUGGAUACUCAACUAAUGCAUUGCAAGUGGUCUUCACUACCAACUUGAGAACUAUGAUAGUUGUACUUGCAGGACAGUAUUUAUCUUGUGCCUGCUCCGAAGACCGGUUACGACAACGUUAGUGUGUGCCUUAUUUCGCACAUGGUAUAUAUCCUCAGAGAAUUUGCAAUGAAGGUAACGAGUUUCCUUAAUUACAUGGGAUGCAUUUCGUCGAGUCUCUUGGAUUUCCCAUGGAGUUUAUUUAAUGGACCGAAGUCAUCGUUGUAUUUAAUGGCCAAAGUACCUAAAGUAUGGUUAGUGGGAUUUAUUAUUACCACCAUUAGUGUUUCUACUGUGUAUGUUAUUAAAGUUCUGUAAGUGCCUCAAUAUUUUAUAGUCAUCUAUUGGCGACCCUAUAUGAUCAUUCAUGCAAUUAUGGUAUACUUCAAACCCUACCUAUCCUGCAGUUUAUGUUCGAAGAAAGACGUUUCGGAGACAUUAGAAUUCGUACACAACUUUGCCUCAUUACUAUCUUGGUUUUCAUGGGAUGUCUGUCAACCACAACGUAAAACCUGUACAUAUGUACAUCGAUUGAAGUUGCCAUAUCACACCACAGAGAUGAAGUUGUCAGGACGAAUCCCAGGGUAGUAGUAACAGUUUCAGUGGUAAUAGCGAAGAUCAGGUACUGAAGAUACGAUUCGAAUGCAAUAUGUAAAUGAGUAAAAAUGGGGUUAGACAUAGCGGAUGCAUGCACUCCAUUGCCAACGACUUUGACCCAUGUCAUUCAAAAUCCAUAAACACUGGUUACUAUAAUAACGCGGAACCCAACCCGGCAGUGUACACCUAUCACAACAUGGCAGUAAUAGUGACUGCGCGAACUGAUGCCAAGUUUUGGUUUGGCCGCCCCUACAUAUCUUAAGAACUUCUACACCAGAAAUAACGCCCUCCAAGAUAGGCGGUGGAUGGAAAUACGCAACAUACUCCUAAAGUACCUCAAUUAAUGAAGAUUUACUACCUCAUCAGUGGAUUUUCCACAUUAAUAAAGUGUUUAUUUCUAACCAAGAUAUUGUUCAUAACGUGGUCCAUAAAUAAAAGACCAUUGCUUCAUGGACAUAUGAACAAAUCAUUGUUUUUGAAGGCUAUCUUUCCCAGCCACAAAGUGGAAUAGAGAGAACUGUCGCUCAGUAUACUCGUCCCGUAGCUCAGAUGGAUAUCUCGGCUUCAUCACAAGUAGGCGAAAUACAACAUCUUUUUGGGUUCGUGACGAGGUUUCGUUAGACAUCAAGACAUCAGCACUAGUGAGACUACCAAGACCAGUGAAGUGACGAUGAAAGCAUUAUCUCUAAAGGCAUGUUUAUGACAAAGUUAAAUAAAAAUGAAGCGAGCGGACAACACUUCUCGAAGAAUCCGUUUCUGAUGACAGUUCAUCAUAAGCUCUGACUCGACCAAUAGUAUUCGGGAAGAAAACCCUUAUAAUGUUAACCCAACUUUUUGGCACGCCUCGCAAUGACAGGUAAAACCGAUCUCUCCGUGAUUAUCAAAAAGGAUUACUGUCCUUUCUUAUACACUGGGACGAACAGUGAUCGAGACCAGUUAGAUAUAAUUAUAUGUAGUUUCCACGCUCUAGCGAGGACCUUAGUAUAUCUGGCAGGUAGAACUGAACCACCAUCUUUAAAAAUCCCAUACUGCUAUCCCUCGCUUUGGAUAGUAGAUAUCACUGCUGUUUCUUCAACUUUCGGACAGCAUAUCAAGCUAAUUCGGGGUCGAUAUCAGGUUCACGGAUGACUAGCUCAUUCUCUACCUGUUCCUGAAAUAUAUUUUUAACUUAUCCAUCAUCAAGUUAAACUCUAACGUGUUUUCUUGAUGUGGCUUUUCUACAUUCAGUGAGGCGCAGAUAUACGUGCUCGCUCGGCAACUGAACUACCUGGCAUGGUAGGAACAUGUAUUCCACCCCAUAUAGUUCAGUUGGGGCGCCACUAUGGGCGAGUUCGACGAGGACAUCAUUGUAGUAGCCACGAUCGUGGUUGGACAUGGCGCAAAUGUCAUCCGGCUUUUGACAUUGAUAAUUAACCCUUUUAGACUUCCAGGGGCUUAUAUUCUUCCAGUAUAUUUCAUUUUUACCAAGAGUAGUGCAAACUUAUUUGUUGAGUGUGUGGCGCAUAUAUAUUUGUUGCCCUCUUGUACCGAUAUUUAUGUGUUCAAAUAAAUAAUUUGUUGAAUAUUAGUCGACUAGCUUGUGGUCUUCGUUAUAUUGUCAGUGUGCCAUGCGUUUUUUUUAACUGCUAUUCAUAAUCCUUUAAAAACUUCCCGACCGACGUUUAUUGAUGUUCAAACAUCUAUUCUUCUGAGAAAAUUGUAUGUCUAUUCACUUUACACACGUUUGGUUGGAUAGGGUCAACAAGUCAUGCUUUGAAGCAGUGCACCGCGUAGUUACAUUUACUCAGGAGGAGCGUGUAAAUGAUGUUGGCGACGUCCUACUGUUGGUGCACUAUGCAAAGACAAUUCUGGGUUAUACCUCGCUUGACAUAUUUUAUUUAUCCAGAUACCACUUUGUUUGAUCGAGUUCCCUGUUAGCUCCAUCCUUAAUGUGCUUUACAUGUGUAUCGUUCAUUUUUUGGGUCUUUAAACUCUUGGGAUAGGAGUAGUUUAAUCUUGAUUUAAAAUGAGGACAGAUUUGAUACAUUUACUCAGCGGUUUGGCCUCCCUAUCUUGGAAAUUUAGCAAGGGUGUACUGUCUAAAAUAAUUGUUCUUUAACAUACUGUAAUGGCAGCAAAGCCCAUUAGAAGCGGUCAGAAAAAAAGCAGCAUUGUUUUGACCUCUGAAAAAUCUGUACUGCAUGGGUUCAGAAGAUAUUCCUGGAAGCUAUUUUGUCUCUGGUUAGCAAAGGUAACCGAAAGCUUUUUAAGUUACGGAGCAAACACCUCAAGGUCGACAUGAUCGUAAAUAACGAUUCAGUUCCUUCUUCAGGUCUGUCAUAGAUAAGUAUUCCUACAUAGUGUUGACAGCCAUGAGGCGCCAAUCACUGGUCACUUAACAGCACUUGAGUUCAUCUAAUUCUCAAUCGAACUUUAUCCUCGCUUCUUGAUGCAUCGAUUAUCAAUCUUUCUAAUCCAUCUAUAUACAUAAGGACCUCUAGAUUGGGUUUCAGUUCAUAUCCACUUGUUUUACUCCAUAUUAAAGAACGUGAUACCUUCGAAGUAUGGGGGAACAUUCUAUUGAAUCUUCAAAGUUCCUGUUAACGCUCUCACCAACUGCAGUUAAUAUGGAUAAAAAGACGAGCUCUACUAAAAGCCUCUGGAUAUUCAGUAAGUUAAACUGCCAGAUAUAAUAGAAGUGAGUACCUUGAGCUCGCAAAUAGGUAAGUUAAGUGGAUCUGAAAGCUAUAUAGGGGGGUUCUUUUGCCGAUUCUACCGAUCGAAUAGAUAAUGGCGGCAGUUUGCUUUAAUUAUGCCCGGAAGUCAAUUAGGUACACAGUUGUAUACACUUUUCACAUUUGAGUCUUGAUUUAACUGUCGUUCCUAAACAUUUCUUUAUUGUUAUCGUCUAUCCCUUUCAAAGUAUAUCUAUCAUAACAAUUUCUAUUGCAUCGAAAAUUAAUUCUCCUGAUCGCCAAUAUCGGGGUCAAUUACUGUCUUAAACAUAUUCCAUCAUAUUAAAUAAGAAUUUUUGAUAACUAGAAGUGUUUCCUAAUAAAAAAAUCGAACUGUUCAUAACAUGUGUAAAAUAUUAGGUAAAAGAUUUCAAAAUAGGUUAAAAAAUAAUUAGUCAACAUCUGUUAAAAAAACAAGUACGAAAAAGUGAACAAUGAAAAUUUUGGGUAUGAACUAUCAAUCAUAACUCUAAAACAACAGAAAGGAAAUUAAUGACAUUAUCAUCG